UGUUUGUUGGAACAACUGCAGCAUAUGUAUAAUGAGCUAAUUGAUAAGAACGAAAUUGAUAUUAUAAAAAAGCAUGCUAGAUUUGCAAAACGUUAUGCGAUUGCGUUAAUAUUGACAGUCAUCUUAAUCAUAUUCACUUUAAGUUUAUGCUAUUUUUGGCCGCUUAUUUCCAAUAUUCUGUUCUCUACGAAUGUGACUCAAUUACGUCCAAUGCCGAUUAUGUUUGAAUAUUUCAUCGAUCAAAAAAAAUACUUCUAUUUGAUAUUGUUCCACUCGUUCGCAGCCUUUAUCAUAGGAUGUACGGCAAUAUUAGCAACAGGAGCAAUGUUAAUAAUUUAUGUAAAGUAUGUUUGCGGAAUGUUUCAAAUAGCCAGUUAUCGAAUAACACGAGUAAUGACAUUCAAAAAUCAAGAAAAUAAAAAACUGCAAAACGAGAAUUUGAUUUGUAAAAAAAUAAUUCGUGCCGUGGAUAUGCAGCGUAAAGCUAUGCAGUUGGUAUUUAUACAAUAGUAAUUGUAUAUGUAUUUGUAAUAACGUUAAUUGUUAUAACGCACAUAAAUGUAUGCACAUAUAAUAUUCUUGUUCUAUUAUAGAU